AUGGCCCCUCCAGCGGUGGAGCGCAUCUUGGCGGAGCUGUCGCGGCUGAACGAGGAGGCCGCAUCCAGCGCCACUCCGCCCUCUCCCUCUCCAUCGGCCAAUGCAGCUCUGGACCAAUUCUCCGUCCUCUCGGCGUCCUCCUGCGCCCCCGAGGCGAAGGAGCUGGAGGCUGUAGCGCACCCGCUCUUCGCGUUGGAGCGGCUGGGGCCGUUCCCUCGCGGCUGGGGCGACUCCGACGUCCCCCAGAGCCGCCUGUUGGCGCAGAUGCCCAUGUCUGCGCCGCGACAGGAGCUCGUCCCGCAGCGCGCGUCCAUCGUCAAGAGCCCCCUGAAGAUCCGGUACGAGUUCCGGCCCGUGGACGUGUCCAGGAGCGGCGCAGACGCCGGAUUCAGUAGUGCACUGACCAAGCAGGACGAGUACGCGCGCGGCAAGAUGAGCAACAAGCCCUUCUCCCCGGGCGGAGACUCAUUGGCUGAGCUGCAGACGGAGACGCAGCAAGACGAGAUGACGCCCAUGCAGAGGCUGCUCACGAAGCAGGAGGAGCAGGACAGGAACCGGCUCGUGUUGGAGCGGGAAGAGGAGCUGGACGAAACGUUGCUCGAGAGCUUGGUGUUCGACGUUCCUGGUAUCAAUGGAUGCUUGACGGCGGAGGAUGCGAGGAAGGUCGAGGCGCAGGAGCAGCAGCAGGUUGUGCAGGAGGUGGAGACGGUCGGCGUGAACCCCAAAUCGCUGCUGAAGCCCUACAUUGAAGCGGUGGCGGACAGGGACCACGUCGCGGCGAUCAGGAGCGCCGUGCUGGAUGAGAAGGCGGCGAACGCCAUGAGGCAGAACGAUGACAACACGACGGUCGUACUGGAUCAACUGCUGCGCGAGAUGGAGGACGAUGGGGAACUCAUGGAAUUGGGCUUUUCGGUCGAAGAUGACGAACAGGACGCGAAGGGGGAUGGAAGUGGGGAUAGCACAGAGGCUGGGAGCAGCGCAGUGGCAGUGGGCGCUGAUCCGAAGAUUGGUAAGGCUGCAGAAGGAGCCUCCGAAGCUGAUGGUAGCGUUGAGGAUCCGGAGAUGGAGCUGGAGUCGAUCCUGGAUUCGGCAUCCGAGUCAACAGCGCUCACCUUACAGAAGCGAACGAGCCCGACGUCCGAGUGGGCCAGCAUGGCGAGUGUCGAUGUGCGCAACUUCCACGAGAAGGUGCCGGAGAUGGCCAUGAAGUACGACUUCGAGCUGGAUGUGUUCCAGAAGGAGUGUGUCAUCCAUCUCGAGCGGCACGAGUGCGUGUUUGUGGCAGCACAUACCUCCGCAGGCAAGACGGUGAUUGCAGAGUACGCGAUCGCGAUGUCUCAGAAGCACAUGACUCGCACCAUCUACACGUCGCCCAUCAAGGCGUUGUCGAACCAAAAGUACCGCGACUUCCGUACCAAGUUCGGCCCCGACAAUGUUGGCCUUAUUACUGGCGAUGUCAGCAUCAACCCGGAGGCGAGUUGCCUCGUCAUGACGACUGAGAUCUUGCGUUCAAUGCUGUAUCGGGGUGCUGAUAUUAUCCGCGACAUCGAGUGGGUUAUCUUUGAUGAGAUUCACUACAUCAACGACAGCGAGCGCGGAGUGGUGUGGGAGGAAGUGAUUAUCAUGCUUCCCGAGCAUAUCGGCAUGGUGUUCCUCUCGGCAACCACGCCGAACCACUUGGAGUUUUCCGACUGGAUUGGACGCACGAAGAAGCAGAAGAUUCACGUGAUCUCUACUUACAAGCGGCCCGUGCCCCUCCAGCACUUCCUCUAUGCUGGCAAGGAAUUAUUCAAGCUGUACGAUGCCACCACUGGAUACCUACCGAAUGCCCACGGUGCAGCCAAGGCCAAAAUUUUCCCUGCGUCGGAUAAGUCGAAGGCUGGAGGUCGAGGCGGAAGAGCUGUGGCUCGCGGUGGCGGUAGCAGCGCCAAUGCACGUACCCUUCGUACAUCUGGAGGAGACCAAGGUGAGUGGACCAAGCUGAUCAACACUUUGAAGGACAAGUCUCUGCUCCCGGUGGUCGUGUUUGCUUUCAGCAAGCGGUUGUGUGAGGAGAGCGCGAACAAGCUGGCGAAGCUUGACCUCAGCACCCCGUCAGAGAGAUCAGAGAUCCAUCUUUUCCUUGAGACGAGUGUGCAGCGACUCCAGGGAUCAGACCGCGAGCUCCCACAGGUGCUGAUGAUGAAGGAAAUGCUCAAGCGGGGAAUUGGUGUGCACCACGGAGGUCUCCUCCCUAUUAUCAAGGAGAUGGUAGAAAUACUGUUCGGUCGCGGUCUUGUGAAGGUGCUGUUUUCGACUGAAACGUUUGCCAUGGGUGUGAAUAUGCCUGCGCGUACGGUGGUGUUUAACGGCAUUCGUAAGCAUGACGGCAAGAACUUCCGCGAUCUUCUGCCCGGGGAGUACACGCAAAUGGCUGGCCGAGCGGGUCGUCGUGGUCUUGAUUCCGUUGGUACCGUCAUCAUCGCGUGCUGGAACGAUGUCCCCGAACCCACUUCAUUGAGGACAAUGUUGGCAGGAAAGGCGACGUCUCUCUCUAGUCAGUUCCGUCUGACUUACAACAUGAUCUUGAACCUCCUACGAGUGGAGGUACUGACGGUGGAAGACAUGAUGAAGCGCUCGUUCUCGGAGUUCCACACUCAAAAGGCGCUGGCGUCGAAGAAUAUCCCUAAGCUGAUCCAAAAGGGCAAGACGUUGCACCAGCAGCUGGAACGGUCACUCGUAGAGGACUACCCGCACCUCGAGGCUAGCGGCGAGCUUGCACAGAUGCAGGAAUUCUACCAGCUGAAGCGUGAAAAGCGUGAACUGGAGAAAAAGCUGACCAAGUGGCUCCUGACAAACAAUAUCCAAGCAGCUAAAAGUGCGAUAGCACCGGGCCGAGUCGUGAUUUUGAACGUCAAGGGCCUUUCGUCCGACCAGUUGGCGCUGGUCGUACGUACCAACUCUGCUAUGGUUAGCGAGGGAGGGACUGCUCGGUCGAAGCUUUCGUUUGAAACCGAGCUUCAGAGCUCAAGCUCUACCGACACAAGCCACAAGGGAGUAUUCAAGUCGAUUAUGGUGAUCACUCUCUGUCCGGAUGACUACGAACCUCCUAAGGUAGAGGUGGCAUCGACCACGAAGAAGAACCCUGACACACUUUUCGGAGGAGGACGCAUGCUUCGCAGCAAGAAGGACGACGACGACGACCGCAUGUUUGGGCGGAUGGGCAAGAAGGGCAAGUCUGAAAGUCAAGAAACCAGUGAGCUCUCGGCGCCAUCAACUGCUACGCUUCUAGGAAGGAAGUACGCCGUGCUGGAGGUGCCUGAGAGCUGCGUUGAAAGCGUAACCUCCGUCGUAGCCUCAAGCGUUAACACCAAGACACUCGUGGCUUCAUCGUCGAAGAAGGAGCUCGCCAGCAGCAUUGAAUUCCUGGCACAGCUGGAGAAGGAUACAGCUACAACACAGAAGGCUGCGAUCGCGUACGUCGACUUGAUGGGCGAGCUUAAGGUUAAUGAUCUGGAAGUCGCGACGGGCUACACGCAGUGGCAGCAGAUGCACUCGAUGGUGGUCAGUCAUCCGUGUGCCACUGAUUCGCCGUCGGUGUCUCGUGUCAUGGGUAAAGUGGAAAAGAUCUUCAAGUUGAAGGCGUAUUUAGUGCGGAUGACGCGUGAGUUGUCGAACGAUUCGCUUUCGCUCUUCCCGGAUUUCCAGCAGCGACUGAGUGUGCUGAAGCGGCUCGGGUACAUUUCCAAGGACGGCGUCGUGCAGGUUAAGGGUCGAGUGGCGUGCGAGAUCAACACCUGCGAAGAGCUCGUGUUGACGGAGAUGAUAUUUGAGAACGUGCUGGCGAACCUGGAGCCCGAGGAGAUCGUGGCUGUGCUCUCUGCGCUGAUCUUCCAGGAGAAAUCACAGUCCGAGCCUACGUUGACCCCAACGCUGGAAAGUACCCGCGAGGUGGUCAAGAACAUCGCUGAGUCCCUUGGAUUGAUCCAGCUCGAGCAGCACCUAGAGAUCGACCCUGCAGUGUAUUGCAAGGGAGCUCUCAACUUUGGUUUGAUGGAGGUUGUGUACGAGUGGGCGCGGGGUAUGCCGUUCAAGCAGCUGUGCGAGCUCACGGACGUGCAGGAAGGUUCGAUUGUGCGCUGUAUUACGCGUUUGGACGAAGUUUGUCGCGAGGUGCGCAACGCUGCUCGUGUCAUCGGUGAUCCGCAGCUGUACCGCAAGAUGGAGGUCGCCUCCGAGGCGAUCAAGCGAGAUGUCGUGUUCGCCAGCAGCUUGUACCUAUCCUAA